UCAGAAUGACCCAGCUUCUAUAGCGAGUCUGAGCAAAACAUCCUGCCUGGAAGAGCUCAGAGUACGAGAGGAAGGAGACUGGGCAACAUCACAGAGACAUCUGUAGGCCAAUCCAACUCCUGGAAUCACCUGCACUAGUACUGAACUUACCCCCCAGAGACCUGGGUGUACCUACUGUAGAGCAGAACCUUCUUCAGGACGGAAAUUAACUCCCACAAGUCUGGGAGGUAGUAGACCAAAACCUCCCACAAAUCUGGAGGUGGAGCCAUACCUUUCUACCUCAAUAGUGGGAGGAGAACAGGACUUACCUCUUACAAGGCUGGGGGUGGAAUAGAACUUACCUCCCACAAAGCUGGGAGCAGAUCAGAACUCUUCUCCCACAGGACUGGGGGUAGAACAUAAGAUUAGCUCCUGCUGGACCAGGAGCAGGCAAGACUAAGCUCUCUCGGGACUUGGAGUACUGUCACACUACGCUCCCUUAGGACUGGGAGUGGAAUAAGACUAGGCUUCAUCAGGACUGGGAGGAGAACAAAGACUGAGCUCCCUCAGAACUGGGAGAAGAACCAAGACUAAGCUCCUUCAGGACUGGGAGAAGAACCAAGACUAAGCUCCUUCAGGACUGGGAGAAGAACCAAGACUAAGCUCCUUCAGGGCUGGGAGAAGAACCAAGACUAAGCUCCUUCAGGACUGGGAGAAGAACCAAGACUAAGCUCCUUCAGAAGUGGGAGAAGAACCAAGACGAAGCUCCUUCAGAAGUGGGAGAAGGACCAAGACUAAGCACCUUUAGAAGUGGGAAAAGAAUCAAGACUAAGCUCCUUCAGAAGUGGGAGAAGAACCAAGACUAAGCUCCUUCAGAACUGGGAAGAGAACCAAGACAAAGCUCCUUCAGGACUGGGAGAAGAACCAAGACUAAGCUCCUUCAGAACUUGGAGAAGAACCAAGGCUAAGCUCCUUCAGAAGUGGGAGUAGAACCAAGACUAAGCUCCUUCAGAAGUGGGAGAAGAACCAAGACUAAGCUCCUUCAGAACUGGGAAGAGAACCAAGACAAAGCUCCUUCAGGACUGGGAGAAGAACCAAGACUAGGCUCCUUCAGAACUUGGAGAAGAACCAAGACUAAGCUCCUUCAGAACUUGGAGAAGAACCAAGACAAAGCUCCUUCAGGACUGGGAGAAGAACCAAGACUCCCUUGAGAGUGGAAGUAGAACAAGGUUAGCCUACCAAGGGUCUCAGAAUAGGAAAGAAUUUACCAACCUAUAGUAUUCGACCCACUGUAAAUAGGUUUUGGCCUGUCCAUCUAACACUUGGAUCUUUAAUUCACGUGUUUGACCCCCUUACAACUGGGUUUACCUCAGGACUUUCCUCACCUCUUAAACUUGCUUUGGUCAAGACUGGGCUCACGUGUUGGAAUUGCCCCCCCUUAAGACUGGGCUUACCUACCAAACUUCCAAUUUAACUAGCUUUAGGACUGAUUUGACUAAAUCUGGUCUUCAGUGAAGGAACAAUGUCCGUCUCUGGCUCAUUAGGCGAGAUGCCCCGACACUUUCCACGCCUUAAUAUUUCGGAGGGGGAUGAGCAGGUCCGGCUCCUGGCAGAGAAAGUCUUCGCCAAAGUUCUGCGAGAAGAGGACGGCAAGGAUGGCUUCUCCCUGUUCACCGUCCCGGAGGAGGACUGUCCGAUCGGGCAGAAAGAGGCCAAAGAGAGGGAACUGGAGAAAGAGAUCGCCGAGCAGAAGUCUGCCGAAACCGUGAAAAGAAAGAAGAGCUUCAAAAUCAUCAGAUCUCAGUCUCUCCACCUCCAGAUGCCAACAGUUGACUGGAAGUCUCCUGCCACCAUCUCACCCCUGCCAUCACCAGUAAUUCCCAUCCAAACGGAUCUACCCAUCCCGCAAGGUCCGACACAAACUGUCCAGGUUCCCUAUGAAGUUCUGGACUUCCAGCGAGUGACCAUUAGUGGAGAUUAUUGUGCAGGGGUGACCGUUGAUGAUUACGAGCAAGCUGCGAUCAAGCUCGCCAAAGCCCUGCUCAUACGGGAAAAAUACUGCCGGCUGGCGUACCAUCGAUUCCCCAGGACCACCGCUCAGUAUUUGUGUACGGCAACCAAUGAAAGCUGGAGGGAGGAAGACGAGGUGUACCCAGAGUUCAACCCUCCCCCUGUAGAAGAGGAUCCAUACAGCCUAGAGAACGUCCCGCCAAAUCUUAACUACGAGGUGCGAAUGAAGGGCGGGAUCCUCUACAUCUACGACGACAAAGAGAAGGCUGAAUCUGAUGAGCCCCGCAGUCUGCCAUACCCCGACCUGGAGACCUACACGCUGGACCUCAGCCACGUCUUGACGCUCAUCGCCGACGGUCCCACAAAGACCUACUGUCACCGUAGGUUGAACUUCCUGGGCUCCAAGUUUAAACUCCAUGAGAUGUUGAACGAAAUGUCAGAACUGAAGGAGCUGAAAAGUGUGCCCCACCGUGAUUUUUAUAACGUCAGGAAGGUGGACACUCAUAUCCACGCUGCAGCCUGUAUGAACCAAAAGCAUCUCCUGCGCUUCAUCAAACACACAUAUCGCACAGAACCCGAGCGGGUAGUGGCUGAGAAGAAUGGGCAGAAGAUGACCCUGAAGGAGCUAUUUGAGAGCCUUCACAUGGAUCCAUAUGACCUCACUGUUGACUCUCUGGAUGUGCAUGCGGGACGUCAGACAUUUCAUCGUUUUGACAAGUUCAACGCCAAAUACAACCCUGUGGGGGCCAGCGAGCUGCGUGAUUUGUAUCUGAAGACAGAGAACUACAUAGAGGGGGAGUAUUUUGCCCGAAUUAUCAAGGAAGUGGGCCAGGAGUUGGAGGAAAGCAAGUACCAGUUUACAGAGCCGCGGUUAUCCAUCUACGGCCGCUCCCCUGAUGAAUGGAACUCGCUGGCCCGCUGGUUCAUCCAACACAAAGUGUACUCGCCCAACAUGCGAUGGAUGAUCCAGGUGCCCCGUAUCUUUGAUAUCUUCAGUUCGAAGAAAAUCCUUCCCAACUUUGGUAAAAUGUUGGAAAAUAUUUUCCUCCCUUUGUUUGAGGCCACAAUCAAUCCCUCCGACCACAAGGAGCUUUACCUCUUCCUAAACUAUGUGACGGGAUUUGACAGUGUGGAUGAUGAGUCCAAAUACAAUGAACAUAUGUUCUCUUACAAGAGCCCCACCCCCGACCUGUGGACACAAGAGCAAAACCCACCAUACAGCUACUACUUGUAUUAUAUGUAUGCCAACAUUAUGAUCCUCAACAACCUGCGCAAAGAGAGAGGGAUGAGCACUUUUCUCUUCCGACCACAUUGCGGUGAAGCCGGCUCCAUCACCCAUCUGGUGUCAGCAUUUUUAACAGCGGACAACAUUUCCCAUGGACUGAAUCUCAAGAAGAGCCCUGUGCUGCAGUACCUGUAUUACCUGGCACAGAUCCCCAUCGCCAUGUCUCCGCUCAGCAACAACAGCCUGUUUCUGGAAUAUUCCAAAAACCCGCUGCGAGAAUUCCUCCAUAAAGGCCUUGUGGUGUCUUUGUCCACAGAUGACCCGAUGCAGUUCCACUACACCAAGGAAGCGCUGAUGGAAGAAUACGCCAUCGCUGCCCAGGUAUGGAAGCUGAGCACCUGCGAUUUAUGUGAACUUGCCAGGAACAGCGUCCUGCAGAGCGGCCUCUCCGACAAGGAGAAGAAGCAUUUCCUGGGAGCCAAUUACUUGAAGGAGGGUCCGGAAGGGAACAACAUCAGCCGCACCAACGUGGCCCAGAUCCGUAUGGCUUUCCGAUACGAGACAUUAUGUAACGAGCUCAGCUUCUUAACAGACGCUAUGAACACGGCGCACCUCCCCUGGGGGCAAUGAGCAGUGAGCCCCCCGUGUGACUAUUAAACUGUGACGACAAGAAUGGACGUCUGGCGUUUACCUUCCGCACCGCACAGCACAAGCGCUUAUCCCCCUCGUAGUGUACAAUGUAUCAGUGUUGAAAUAUUUAUUACAUUUAUCAUCUAUGGAAAGGUAACCACGGCUAAGUCACUGAGGACUUAAUACAGGAAUGCCGAGGCAACGUGUCGUUUCUGCGCAUGCCAUUUUGCAAUUUAAUGUUAAUAAAAUAUUAGUUUUUUUUUGCAUUUCAACUUCCAGCCCGGUGUUUCUCAACCAGGGUGCCGUCCGGGUUCUCCAGGGGUGCCGCAAGCAAGGGACCCAGUUGGUCCUGGAUUAGCACCAUGAGUUGGGCGUCAACCACCCCCAUCACAACCAAUGACAUUCUAGGACCAGGAUGCACGGCAUCAUUUGUUGGUAUGGUGAUGGUGGCCAGUUUGUCCAGACCAUAAUGCAAGACUAUGAUCCAGGGCAGGUAGCAUGCAGGCCCCCCCCCCCAGAAUUCAGGAGAAGAUAGAAGUCCUCCUCCAGACCUCCUCCACCUUCCGUCCUCUGCCACGUUAUGUAUGCUACAUGUUAUUUACCUGUAUAAGCCUCCCUUGUCUAGAUAUCCCCUGAGACUGCUGUUGGGUGCCGCCAUCUUGGAUGUGACGUUGGCAACCCCAGGAGACUAAAGUAUCACUCUGUAGCAGCCUUUCUGAACCUUAACAUCACUUCCAGGUCUCCAGGAACCCUUGCUAAAAAAAAAAAAAAAUUGGUGGUCA